AAUAAAAACAGAAACAAAGGUGUUCAAAAGAAAAAACAUAAACAAAGAAAACCCCAACAAUUGGAAACAUGAAAGAAAAACCGGAAACAUGCACACGGGAAGGAAAGGAAACCAAACCGAGACGUCCGCUUCUCUUAGCUGGACCGGCUGAUGCUCGUGUCGUUUCAAGCAAGAUUGAUCGAUCCGUCUCUACUAAACCUAACCGACUCGAUUCCGUAGAACCUCGCGAGUCGCGAUCGAGGACCUCCGGCGAUGAAGAGGCGACGCAGGCGUGCUCCUGCUCCGUCGGAAUCGGAUAUCCAGCGCAUUUUAGACGAAUGUUUCAUCCUCCUGUUCGAGACACCCUCUGGCUUUGCACUUUUUCAUUCUGCUUUGUCACUCAUUAACCGACCAGAUUCUAUGGAGGACAUAUGGUCUUAUUUCAUCUAUGAUUGCAUGGCAAAACUUGCUAUUACGCUGAAAGAGUUUCAAACUUUUGAGGACAAGUCCAGUGCCAUUAAUCAAAACAGUGGUGUCAACGAAAGGCUUACUCAGAUGAUCAGGACGUGGAUCGGCGGGAAGAAACUGGCAGUUGGAAAGCCUGAAUAUAAGGAAAUUAUUGAAGAGAGAUUGAAAAUAGACUGCCUGUAUAAUCCAGCAGUGAUGGAGGUGAUGUGGGGUAUACAGAAUUGCAUGCCAAGUUUGGUGCCUGGAGAAAAAUCACAGCUGGCUGAAGAGGACCGCGUCCCGAUGAGUAAGGGAUUGCGAAAAGUCUUGAAGCGUUAUGACUGUAAUGUCAAAACAAAGAUUGUCAGCAAGCAAAUUAUUGAGAUGGCUGCCGCCUUGUUUAAGUGUGAUUCGGCUGUGAAGGAUAAUUCUAGAGCCAUGCGGAGGGCAGGUGAUACCAUUAUUGCUAUUUCUGGCAUCAGCUGUGUGAGGGUUGGAGCUUACUGGAAAUUGCAACAGCUCUGAAGAUGAUAUGGUGGCCUGAAGAAGUUGGCGAUUCUUGUGCGGUUUCUAAAGAUGAGGCAGCAAGACUGGCGAAUGAUGCCGGUAAAUAUGAUGUCCUGAUGAAUAAGCAUGCUUGCUUGCGAGUCUACGAUGAGAUGGUGGAGGCUAAUGAUGUUAGGAUCUCGAAAGGAGCACUACUGAGAUCAUUGGUUGAGCACGAGCCGAGGAAGCAUAUGAAGCGGAAGAGGCUGAAGAAUCCCAGCUAGCUGUGCCUCUUCUUAGUCUGAAGGGAGUUUUUGGUACUCAUACUGGUUCUUAGGGUAUUAUUGAACAUAAGAUCAUCUUGGUUGACUUUAUUCCGAUCUCAGUCUGAGAUGGUCCGUACGAAAAUGUGCAGUGCCAAUUUAGUUUGAGCCACCCUGUUUAAUCGGCUGCCAAGUAUUUUGCGUAUAUCUACUUGAGCUUCAGUGUUUUUUCUGGUCAUAUGUAAUGUCAGAUUUUGUUACGUC